AUGGGCGACACCCAUCUCUCUCCCUCUGAAAACCUAGACUCAACCAACGGUCAUGAUUCUACCGAGGAGAAGCAAAACCUUGCACAAGACUCUCAAAUCAAUCAAGAAAACGAUGACGUCGUUCCGACCAACAAACGGAAGAGGGACGACGACGGCGAGGAACGUUCGCUUCAUCCGCUGUGGAAGACCAGUCUCUGCUCUUUCUACCGAAGUCACAACAACUCAUGCAACCACGGCGACACGUGCCGCUACGCGCACGGCGAAGAGGAGCUCCGCCCUCGUCCCGAUAACACGUGGGACCCGACCUCCGAGCGAGCAAAGAAGGCAUUGAAGACCGAGACUGGCGAAAAUUGCGCCGCCUCGGAGGACGUCAUGAUGACGGAGGCUGUCAUCGACGGCGAAGACGACGACGUUUGCGGCUCCAAUCACGUGCUUAGCAAAUGCCUGGGUAUAGCUUUUAAGCAUGCUAAGAAAAAGAAAGGUAUGAUGAUUGGUUUUAUUACAUUUGAGGAUGAAGAACAAUUGAAGAGUUCUUCACAGGAUUUAGAAGGAAAAACAAUUGGCAACAAAACCGUAAAGGUUGCUGAUGUCAUUCCUCGGUCAUUUGAAAAGAGUAAUAACUCCAAUGUUGUUUCCCAUCAAGAAUUCGAUGAGGGGGUUGAUGCGCCUUCGAGUGGAACUUUGGAUGCCGAAACAAACGAUGUUAAGUUGGCUGUUGAUGGUUCUGUGUCUAAGACAAGAAACUUGCGUAAUGUAGUGACACCUCUCGCUCACAUGGCCUAUGCUGAUCAGUUGGAGCAGAAAAAAACCUCUCUCAUGCAGAUUCUGAAAAAACUUACUAGAAAUGCUCGCAAAGCUUGUCCAAAUGGCGUUUCUCUUCCUGAGUGGAUUGUCAAAUCUAGGGAAAUAGGUGGCCUUCCGUGCAAACUAGAAGGUAUUAUUGCAUCUCCAAUUGUAAAUGGGUACCGUAACAAGUGCGAAUUCUCUGUUGGAUAUUCUCUACAAGGCAAUGUGACUGUAGGUUUCAUGCUCGGAAACUUCAGGGAAGGUGUAACAGCAGUUGAGGAAGCAGUUGACUGUCCAAAUGUUUCAACGAUCUCAUGCAAAUAUGCUACAAUCUUUCAGGAAUUUCUGCAGCACAGUGAUUUACCAGUUUGGAACAGAUUUAAAAAUACUGGAUUUUGGCGUCAAUUUACAGUCCGAGAAGGGAGAACAAAUGGGAAUACUGUUGAUGCUAAAACUUUUGGUGGCAUUGCAGAGGUCAUGCUUGUUGUGCAGGUUUCUACUGCAAACUUUGAUAAUGCACAAGUAGCUGUUGAAUUUAAGAGGCUUGCUCAGGCAGUUGUUGCUGGAGCUACUUCGCAUUGUCCACCAUUACCCCUCACCGCUCUGUUUGUUCAGGAUCACCAAGGAAUAUCCAAUGUGGCACCUGCUGAUGCACCACUGCAUUCGCUUCCACUUCCUAAAGCAAGUGCGGAUCCUGACUUGGAUGAAAACAAUAAUACCAUGGAUGUAAGGAUCCAUGAUUAUAUCAACAAUCUCCGGUUCUCUAUAUCUCCAACAGCAUUUUUUCAGGUUAACACCCUUGCUGCUGAGAAGUUGUACUCGCUUGCUGGAGAUUGGGCAUGCUUAGAUCGUGAUACAUUACUAUUUGAUAUAUGCUGUGGGACAGGAACAAUUGGCCUGACAUUAGCACAUCGAGUUGGUAUGGUGAUUGGAAUUGAAAUGAACGCUUCUGCGGUAUCUGAUGCCCAUAUGAAUGCUGAGAUUAAUGGCAUAAAAAACAUUAGAUUUAUAUGUUCAAAGGCAGAGGACGUGAUGGGAUCCUUGUUAAGGGAAUACUUAAAUGUUACGAAGGAACAAAAUGAUCCUAAUACCUCUAGAAGGGGCAAUGACAUUCCUGAUGAUAGUGCCUGCCCAGAGCCUAAAAAUGGUGAAAUGGCAUCUCACGUUCCAGAAAAUAGCAAUGCAGAAGUUGCAGGUGAGGUUCAGAAGGGUAGAACUUCUGAACAAGUUGAUGGGAUAUCUGAACAGGCGGAGAACGUGACAGGAUCUCAGUUAAGGAAUUGUUUAAAUGUGCCUAAGGAACAAAGUGAUGAUCCAAAUGAUUGUGGAAGUGGCAAUGACAUACCUGGGGAUGGUACCUGCCCAGCGCCUGAAACCAGAGAAAUGACAUCUUGUUCAGAAAAUAGCAAUACAGAAGUUGGAAGUGAGGUUCAGAAGGGCAAUUCUGUUGAAAAUGGGAACACUUCCAUGCAACAGUUCAGAAAUGUUGUUGCCAUUGUCGAUCCUCCACGUGCUGGGCUUCAUCCAACUGUGAUCAAGGCUUUGAGAACUCAUCCACGCUUGCGGAGGCUUGUUUAUAUAUCCUGCAAUCCUGAAAGUCUGGUGGCAAAUGCUAUUGAGCUUUGUACGCCAUCUCCCAUAAAAAUUGAGAAAGGAAAUAAAGACAACAGAGGAUGGAGAAACAUGAGCAGUGCUGGUCUAGCACGCCACAGGGCCAAGUCUAUGCCCAUCUCAGAGGCCUUCCAUCCCGUAAAGGCUAUGGCUGUUGAUCUUUUUCCACAUACUCAACACUGUGAAUUGGUUAUGCUUCUUGAGAGGUAG